AUGUGUACAGACAAUGACACUGAAGUGACUGUGAUCCUACUUCUGGGUUUCCGUAAUCUAAACAAUCCUAAAAUUCCACUUUUCAUUUUGUUUCUCUUCAUAUACACUGUGAUACUAUGUGGAAAUAUUCUCAUUAUCUUUCUGGUGACAUUUAAUCAACAUCUCCAGAUCCCCAUGUUCUUCUUUCUUAAACAUUUAGGGGUAAAUUUAUCAAAGAGGUUAGCAGAUGUUCUAUUCACAACAAGCACUAUUCCUAUGAUGUUACAUAUUAUACUCAAUGAAGAAAUAAUUGUAACUUUAUUUGGCUGCUUAUGCCAGCUUUAUCUUUAUGGUCUUUCCAGCGUGCAAUGUUUUCUUCUUGCUGUAAUGUCCUAUGAUAGAUACCUUGCCAUUUGCUUCCCACUGCAUUAUAUUUCAUUGAUGGGUCCUAAUGUAUGUCUCCUGCUUGUGUUUGGCUCUUGGUUAUCAGUGUUUGUUUUAGUAACCACUGAAAUUAUUUUAUUGAGCCAGUUGCAUUCCUGUGGUUUUCAGCAAAUUGACCAUUUCUUCUGUGAUUUUGGUCCACUUGCAGCACUUUCUACAUCAGACACGUCUGUAUUAAUGUUGGUGGACUUUAUCAUUUCAAUCUCAAUGAUUUCUUUGCCAUUUAUUUUAGUCAUUGGGACCUAUGUCUGCAUCUUCAUAACCAUCUUCAAAAUGAAUUCCAAGACUGGAAGACAGAAGAUGUUCUCCACCCGCAGCUCCCACUUAACAGUUGUGUGCACAUAUUAUGGGACUCUGAUCAUAGUUUAUAUGGGUCCAACUGGAGAAAAUGCUCAUGACCUAAAGAAGUUCCUUUCUCUUUUAUACAUUGUGAUUGCUCCAUUCAUGAAUCCCAUCAUUUAUAGCUUGAGGAACAAAGAUAUCAGAGAAAAUAUAUUAAUGUGA